UUCGACUUCGAAACAGAAUGUAAUCCCUACAUAUUUAUAUUCGACGAUUCGUUUUUAUGACAUUAUUAUGUUUAAUAAUGUAACGUCAUACAAACACAUAUUCCAGAGUUUUCAAUAUUCAUUGACAAUAUGUGUACAAUUGACCGUAGAAUUUAGGUCUGAGGAUUUAUUAGUCAGGCAAAAUAUUUUCAGUAGAGGUGAAUUCGGUCACGUAUAAUUUCAGAUAUUCAUAGUUUCUGUGUCCUCGUGAAACAAUAAUAAGUUACUACGUAAUAAUGAUGGUAAUGAAUCGCUAUGAAUAUGUAGGCGUCGUUUACAAUGGAUCGUAUUACCGCAUAAGAUUAACCACAAAAUUGUCCUGGGAAUGUAUCUCAUUCAUGAUUAAUAAUUAAAUAAUAUUUCUUCCGGCUUACAUAAACACAUCUUUCUCUCUUCAUUAUCAGUCUAUGAUAAUAUAGAAAGUUAGAAGACAGUUAAUGGUAAUUGGAAUUUUCUGAAAUGGAAUGAAACAAGUGACGCCAUCUCUACGACCAACAGGGUGAACUACACGUUUUUGAAACUGAAGUUCCAACACAUUGUCAUUUUCAUAAAAAAUCGCCAAGAACCAUUCUCACGGAUAUGUUCUUUUAUAAAAAAGAGCUCAUUUGCAAAAUUUGGUCGAUGUCAGAGAAUGACGGUUUUCCAAAGUUUCAUCGAGUUUCCCUAGUCCUCAAAUGAUACGACACGUGGUACCACCACGGAUGAUAUGUAUAGUAUAAAACCGAGUAUGGUGUUGAGAUGAAUGUUACGGAAGUCUUGUAUGGCUUCUUUUUAAGAUAAAAAAUGUAUAUCUUAUUGAUUCUCCGUAAGGAUUUUUCAGGGACAAAAUCCGAUUAAUAACGCAUUAUACUUUUAAAUCUAUACAAGAGGAUUCGACGUAUAAGACAACUUAUGAAAUAACAUGGCUGAUCCAACGAUUCAAACAUUUUGUUGUCAUCAUUCAAACAGAACGGAUAUGGCAAUUGUGAUAAUGCAGGAAUUUAACACGGAUGUUUACAAUACAGUUUGUAUGCUAUCCUCAACAAUAGGUAUUUUAGGUGCAGUGUAUCAGAUACUGCCAAGAGAAACAUCUAGUCUUCCUCACCGGUGGCAAAGCUUUUCAUCGUCCAGGGGACGAGAAAUUAUUAUAUGGCUUGCAAUAGCUGAUUUGCUAGCUUCGUUAGGUGUAUUUAUUAGAUCAGCAUUAUGGAUUAACUUUAGAUCUAUAAUGCCAAUGGAAGAUGACACUUCGAAUGUUAUUUUUUGUGCACUUUCAUCGGCAUGGACUCAGUAUUUUUACAUGGCAACAUGGAUUUGGACUCUGUGCUAUGCUAUUGAUAUGAAACUAUUACUUGGAGAUCGAUCAGGAAAUCCUGUUUGUUAUCAUGCUUUUGCUUGGAUAUGUCCAGCAGUUCUAACUACAUUCGGGUUAACAAUUUUGUAUGUUCCAGAUGCAAACUGUCACAAUUUAACAUCUCUCUCUACUGCUAUACUGCGUAUUCUGCCAAAUUACUGUGCUACAUACGUACUUCUAGCAGUUGUUAUGAUUGUGAAUCCUGUAUUGUAUUUUGCAUCAACACGAGAUCUUCAAACUGCUGUUGCUUGUAGUCUAGCGCAAGUAACAGGGAGAGAAAGAAAAUUGGUGCAAGCAAUAAAACUCAAAUUUGCUUUAACUAACAUUGUAUACUAUGUAUGUUGGCUACCUAAUUUGAUCAAUGGGAUAUUAUUAUGGACUUUAUGGUUCCAAUUGCCAGUUAAAGCUAUCAUUACUCUUUGGUAUAUAAUGGCCGUUACAAAUCCUCUUCAAGCAUUUUUCAAUGCACUUGUUUAUCAGAGAUGGGGUAAAAGGGAGAAGUUUCGAUUGGAGUGUUGCCAGAAAUUAGGAACCUUUAAUUUGAAUCACGUUACAAGAAGAGAUUCAGGCAUGCGUUUGUCGGAAUCCUCUCCUUUGUUAGAUUCGAAAUAUGGAUAUCCACCACAUACAAGUAUAAAUGGUUCUUCUUCGUUUUAAAUACUGUGAUACAUGACAUUAGCUGUAAGCAUACCUUAUUGAUUUUAUCAAAGUAUAAAUAUUUUACUGCCUUAUAUCACUUUUAAAGAAAGAUAUAUUUUUAACGUUUACAAGUUUUUUAAAACUUGAAGAAAAAUAACGUGCUCAAUCGUUCAUAAAAUGUUACGGUAAGAUUGAACUAGAAAGAUUAAUAUUUCUAAUUAAGUAGAAUAGGAUUUUUUAUAAAGUAGUAUGUACCGAAGAGCUUUAUUAAAAACAAAUUUAUCAUUCCAACACUUUACAAUAAGCACAUUUGUUAAUUGUUAUAAAUAUAAAAGAUUUUAUUUUCUAAAUACGUAAAAAGAAAACACAUGUACA